UAGAAAACCUCUUUUCAUCCACAGAUACAGAGUACAGAGAGAGAGAGAGAGAGAGAGAGUGAGACACCUUGAUGCAUCCGCCUCCGCCGGUUGGCUGAAAACAGAUUUCUCGGAGCCUCAGUCACCAUGCCCGAUAAACCAAUUCGGCCUUCCCGAGCUCUUCGUUGAAGUCUAAACCCUAAUUUGUUUUUCCCUGAAGUGAAACUAGUUGUGUAUCUUUAUCCACUGGAAGUCUGCAUGAGUAGGCAGGAACAGAAGAGGUCCAUUGAGCCGAACUACUUGAAGCAGCCAUGGGGUUGGUUAUCCUUUCUAAUUCACCGUCUUCGCCUCUCCUCGCUAUUUCCAUUCGCCGAGCUUCUUCUCCGAGGUCGAUUUCUCGGAUUCGCCUUCGCAUCGCUUCUCGCCAUUGGCUGAAUAAGUCUGCUGCUUCUCUCAGGCAAGGAAAUUUCAUUUCAAGGUGUUCGUUCACAAACACUGAUAUACAUUUCAAUAAUGUUACCACAGAAGAAGAGAUCCCAGAUGACUUGUCAUCUAUUCCAUCUGGUUGCUCAGUUCCACUUGUUCAUAUCCAAUCAGAGAUUCUUGGAACUGAAUCUUUCAAUUUACUAGCCGAAGAUUCCUACAUGGAUAGCCUGUUGACAACAUUGCCAGUAUGGCUUAACAUUCAACCAAAGUGUUUUGACAUCAUGGUCCUAUCGGAGGAUGAGCAGAAUGCUCUAGCAGCCACCCCAGCUCAUCCAGCAGGAUUGUAUGCUUUGUAUGCUAGUUGCUUAGCUGGGAAUCUGACUGAGCAACUGUGGAACUUUGCCUGGCCUGCUGCAGUUGCAUUGAUACAUCCAAACCUUUUACCUGUUGCUGUGGUUGGUUUCUUCACAAAGCUUGCAAUAUUUGUUGGAGGGCCUUUAAUUGGCAAUCUUAUGGAUCAUUUUCCUAGAGUACCUGCAUUUACCUUUUUGAGUUCUAUUCAGGCAGCUGCUCAAUUGUUAUCUGUCGCAAUGAUAAUCCGUGCUCACACCAUUCAUACUAGCUUUGCACCAUCUAUGCAUAUCCAACCUUGGUUCAUAGUACUAGUAUUAGCUGGAGCUGCUGAGAGGCUUUCUGGCUUGGCAUUGGGGGUUGCCAUGGAGAGAGAUUGGGUUGUUCAGUUAGCAGGGAGCAAUAGGCCUAUUGCACUUGCACAAGCAAAUGCCAUUCUCAGUCGAAUUGAUCUCCUCUGUGAGAUAGCUGGUGCAUCACUCUUUGGUUUUCUUCUUUCCAAGUAUGAUCCUGUUACUUGCUUGAAGCUUGCUGCUGGCCUGAUGAUAUGUGCAUUGCCUAUCCAGAUCCUUCUCACAUGGUUAACCAACAAACUAUCUACUGGAGUUCUUGAUCGCUGUAAAUGUCAACAGACUUUUGGGAAGGCAGAUGCAGGGAAUUUAGUUGAAAUAGGUGUGGAUGCCAUCAAGAAUGGAUGGACAGAAUACAAGCAGCAACCUGUUCUUCCUGCAAGCCUGGCCUAUGUGCUCCUAUACUUUAAUAUUGUUCUUACACCAGGUGGCUUAAUGACGGCAUUCUUAACACAGCGUGGUUUAAACCCAUCCAUCGUUGGGGGGUUCAGUGGCUUAUGUGCUUUCAUUGGGGUUGCUGCAACCUUCAUAUCUGCAAACCUUGUCAGACGGCUUGGCAUUCUAAAGGCUGGAGCAGCUGGAUUGAUAUUCCAGGCUUCACUUCUCACUUUGGCUGUUGCCGUGUAUUGGAGUGAUUCUCUUUCUCGGCAGUCCUCCCUCCUUUUCUUUCUCAGUUUGAUUGUAUUAUCAAGGUUGGGCCACAUGUUAUAUGAAGUUAUAGGAGCCCAGAUCCUUCAAACUGGGAUCCCAGCUUCUAAGGCGAAUUUGAUUGGAACAACAGAAGUCUCGGUGGCGAGUCUUGCAGAACUUGUUAUGCUAGGAGUUGCAAUAAUUGCGAAUGAUGCUUCUCAUUUUGGUUUUCUAGCCAUGCUCUCCCUCUCUGCUGUAGUUGGAGCAGCUUGGAUGUUCUGCCAAUGGUUGGCCAAUCCCACAGAUGAACAUAGAAGGCUUUUCUCCUUUGACUCGCAAUUUUGAUGUUGAAUGCCCAGCCGACCCAUGCUCAUCCCUACUCCCCAGUUCACCCCCUCCAAAUUUGUCAACUUGGGUGACGGCGCUAGUCAGUUGACCUUGUUAUGGAGCCAAAAUAUGGAUGAUUGUGUUUGUGACCAAUAAAAUUCACAAAUGGGUGAUUGGGUGAAUGUUCAUUUGGGCAGGUAUACUGUGAAUAGUUUCAUUCAGCUAGCUACCCCGUCCAAAGUUCAAACCAGUUGGAAAAUAUGCAUCAAAUAAUAUGUAUCUAGGCUGUGAGACCUAUACCGACGUUUGCCUGAAACUGUUCAGCAUCCUCUCAGGGCUUGCGCAAGACUGCCUGCUACCUAUUCAAUUUGUAUACCUGGAACUGACGUAGCUUCUGACAACAUACAUGUAAUUAUUCAUAGAUAAUUCUGAGCCAAGGAUUUGCUGCAUUGGCGGUUGUAAAGCUCCUUGCUGCAGGUUAUUAUAAAAUUACAGCGUUGAUCCUGUACGGGAACGGCUGUAUAUAUCAUCCUGCCAGUGGGAAUUUUUUUUUUGAUUGGCAGAAUUAGUUUGAUAUACACUGCUGCGGGGGAGCCGGACCCUUGUUCGCAGUAUAAUUCAUUUGUUCACCCAUAAUGCUUUGAUGCAACAUUUUUUCGCGAAUGAUUAAGCUGAUUUUCUUGUUUCAAAACUGACAGUUGGGAGUGACAAAAUGUUGUGCCUCUUGCUUGUA